UGUGUGUGUGUGUGAGUGUGUAUGUGUGUGAGUGUGUGUGUGUCUGUGUCUGUGUCUGUGUGUGUGUGUGUGUGUGUGUGUGUAUACACGUAUGUUCUGCUUUCCCCUACACAGACUCCUGACCCGGCCUCGCGCGGUUAUCAGGGCGUGAUCUGGUUUCUCCAGAGGACACAUACUUCCUGGAACGCCAAGCUUCAGACUCCUGCUUCAUUCUUGUUGCUUUUUUUUGCUUCUUCCCUCGUUUUGUUGGGUCACUGCGGUCCCUGGAUCUGCGGGUCGCUAUUGCAGACCGUUAGCGACUUCUCGCUAAUUGUGAUCAAUGGCCUCUCAGAUCUACAGACUGGUACUUGACUGACUGAUUCUUAAGGGUCUCUCCUGAUCUUACUGAGGUAUGUCUCUAGUGUGCUUGUGUCCAUGGGACGAUUCUGUGGAAUAGUGCAGUGCGCAUAUUACUCCGGGUUAAAAUUGGUAGGUUAUAAUCAUACAGCAAGUUUAUUCUGUUAGAAUUUUUAUAGAUCAGUACAUUACAUUCAUUCUACAUUCUACUGUGACUUCAGUUGUAAAAAUGUAAUUGAUGCUUCGAACUUGCUGCGGUGUGAAUUGCAGCUCUACUCUUCUGCAAGUCCCAUUUACACUGCCUGCACCUGAUUGGUAAGUGUCGCAGGUCAGGCAGUAAAGGAAAUCCGGGCUCAGCAGCAGUUAGGGAGUGAGCCAGUGCACCACUGGAAGGUAAUGCGGCGCUGUGGUCUCCCUCAACUGGACAACAAACGGUUCUGUGGGAGACCCCAUUCUGUCACACUGUUAGAGCAAAGCCACUGAAAAUCUGAAUUUUUCAAGCUUAGCAAUCGGCUAAACAUAGAACAAGAUGACAUAUAUAUUUUUCUAUGACUUUGAAUUCAUACUCUUCUCAGUAAGGGGUGAUGGAAGCACCUUUGGGAACAGACAGGCAACAGAGUCUGCCUCUCACCUCACCUGUAAAUGUUUCAUUUUAUACGGAUUGCAAUGUGGGUGUUUCGUUGUUAGGGUAUAUUUCUAUAUUUGUACACUAGGACUUUUCAUCUCCUUUUCCUUUGAUGUAAAACACAUAGUAGUCUUUCUGUUACACUAUCAUCACUAUAAUGAAGUGUGUUAGUCCACUAUCAUGUUUUAUUCAUUACCCUCCUUAUCUGAAUUGAGAGGACUUGGCCGUCUCCUCCCUGGCUCAUAUGCAUGUGGUUUAAAUAAGCGGUCAUGUACGGCGAUGGGGGUCCCAGUCAAGGGAAGUGACCUCCCAUACCUGUUAACCUGAGCCCCCCCCCUGUUUGGAGCCCCAAUGCAGACACAGGGUUCAGUCCGUUUUCCACAGCUGUGGCAUAAUCAGCUUCCUGCCUGGGCUUUUAAGGACCUUGAACAAAUGUUUGCACUGUGAUAUGUUUUAUUGAGGAGAUGUCGGAUGCUUACCUGUCGGACUGAGUCGAACCUGUGUUUUUGAGGUCCUGUCUAGCAGCAGCCUGUCAGGCUUGCCUUCCCCAGUGGACACACGGCCCCCAGUGGGGGGGGGGGGGGGCUCAUUAACACUAAUGAGGCUCCUUCCGUGAUGUCACCUGCCCGUUCGGGGGCAGUCACCAGUCCCAGUACCUGUUUAUGACAAACACACAACUCCGUCAUGGUGGCGUGUCAAUAACACCGUUUCUGAAUGGUGUAAACAAAGAUCACGGAUGGGGGACAUUAGUCCUUAAUUUGAAUAUUAAUAUCUUUCCCUAGUUAAAAAAAAAAUCAGUCACAAUGCUGACAUACGCAAAAAUCUACGUUAUAAAUUCCUUGAUUUUUGCCUUGAGGUCCAAACUUUCAGCUGUUCUUGAUGGGAAGAUUGUGUGUGCUGUGACUCCAAAGUCUUACUUAAUCAGCACCCCCAGGGGGCGUCGCAGAGCUGAUUAAACUGUCAGGCGGUGACACCCAUCAUAUUUAAAAUUUAGAGUCUCUGGUUGUCCGGUAACUGGGAAGGAUGGCACCCGUGGAGGAGAAGAACAGUGAGGGAAAAGGCACAGAAGAAAAGAAGAAAAAAACCUUUCCAGACAGGAGCCACUUCACACUACCACCAGCUCGCGGUUGCCAUAGGAACAUAUCCAUUCUUUUCUCUCUUAUUCCCUCCCUUACUUUUUUGGGACUGAAGAGAUAAGAGUAGAUUUUUUUUUUCUCUAUGUCAUCUUUCUGUCAGCAUGCAGCUGGAAAAUUCUAUGGUUUUGUUCCACGGUCGCUAACAUGGCAUGCCUGACGAGCGAAGACCCAUCUCCUGCACCUGCACCCCUGUUCCCGGUGGGUCGCUGCUUGGACGGGUUUUCCAGCCAUGCUUCCAGUAUUGGGAGAUUGUGAUGUGCUGAUUUAAAUUUGGGGAAGUGGAGUGAAAAUCUUCACGAAGUCCUGACCACGCCGGUCUGAGUCUUGGGAAGCGUGACCUCCUCUCUGUCUCUUUCUGAGGACAUCUUGGAUAGCACGGCUGCCGUCAUGCUGAAGGAGAUAUCAGUCCAGAGUGUUCCCUGUCUUACCAGAAUGUCAGAUGGGCUGUGAUAGAGGUCACAUGGAUUUUGUGUGGAGGGCGCUACUGGAGCAGAAGCAGCGGCGGAAACGACAAGAGCCCCUGAUGGUGCAGCCCAACCCAGAGGCCCGACCGCGAUCCUCGCGACCGCGUCGCAGCGAGGAGCAGGCCCCCCUGGUCGAGCCGCGUCUCGGCGUCACCAGCGAUGUCAUCCUGGAUGGUAUCGAUGGGCCAGCCACGUUCCUGAGCCCAGAGGCCUCCGACUUGGGUCCCAAGGUCCAGAUCCUGUCCGUCGGCCAGCCGCAGACCGUCCAGGAGGAGGAGCCAGAGCACGAUGCCGAGCCGGAGCGUGACGGAGACACGGAGCAGCUCCUGGAGCCCAAGACGGACCUCCACCAGCUGCUGCAGAGGCAAGGUAUCUCCGUCAGCAUGAACUACGAUGAGGCCAGUGAUGAAGAAGAGGGAGAUGAAGACAACACCCGGUCCCAGUCCCCCAGCACGGAGACCCCCCGGCCUGCCUCAGCCUCCAGUGCAAAGUCCAACACCGAGUGUGUGGGCCCCGGGUCGCCCACGGCGGAGGCUCUGACCAUCGAGGUUGACAACCUGGAGGACUUUGUGCUGCGGCCGGCGCCCCGCGGCGUCACGGUCAAGUGCCGCAUCACACGCGACAAGAAGGGCAUGGACCGCGGCCUGUACCCCACGUACUUUAUGCACAUGGAGAAGGAGGACGGAAGGAGGAUUUUCCUUCUGGCAGGCAGGAAGAGGAAGAAGAGCAAGACGUCCAACUACCUGAUCUCGGUGGACGCUACGGACCUGUCCCGAGAAGGCGAGAGCUUUGUCGGGAAGCUGAGGUCCAACCUGAUGGGGACCAAGUUCACGGUGUACGACAACGGCACCAACCCAGCCAAGAUGCCCGGAGCUUUACUGGAAGAGAGCAACACGCGGCAGGAGCUGGCAGCCAUCUGCUACGAGACCAAUGUGCUGGGCUUCAAGGGACCCCGGAAGAUGACCGUCAUCAUCCCAGGCAUGAACAUGAGCUUCGAGAGGGUGCCAGUGCGACCGGCCAGCGAACAGGAAAGCUUGCUGGCCAAGUGGCAGAACCACUCACUGGAUAGCCUGAUCGAGCUGCACAACAAGGCGCCCGUCUGGAAUGACGACACGCAGUCCUACGUGCUCAACUUCCACGGCCGUGUCACUCAGGCCUCGGUCAAGAACUUCCAGAUCGUCCAUGACAACGAUCCGGAUUACAUCGUAAUGCAGUUCGGCCGAGUGGCAGAGGACAUUUUCACGUUGGACUACAACUACCCCAUGUGUGCACUGCAGGCCUUCGCCAUCAGCCUAUCCAGCUUCGACAGCAAACUAGCCUGCGAAUGACAGGCCCCCCCUCGCUCUGGGCCUUGGGGUCCCCCACUCUCUCUCAGAUCACCAAACCCCCCCCCCCCGAUACGUUUCCCCCUAAGAACCAGCCCUCUUCAAAAGGCGACGUGGUCUGCCAUCCACUGAUCAUCUUCUAGCACCUCUGCUGCAGCUGUUAAAGUGGCUUCCUGGCAAUCAUGACCCCUGCUGGCCAUGCAGCUGAACAGCGGCAAUGCGAUCUAAUGGCUGGAGAACAGGCAGAGGGUGCCAUUGUCAUGACAAGAUUUGGAAUCGUGUUAAAAAAGAAGUAUAAAAUGUAUUUUUUAAAUUUGUAAUUAUUAUAUUUCAGUGUUUGUCUUUGUGAUUUUGGAUUAUGUUUUUAUUCUGUGUUUUGUUUCUUGACUGCCACCUUGUGGGUGGAAAGGGAACUGUUAUUUACAGGCUAUAUACUCUAACCAUGACUCGGGGAACAACUUAGCCUGUCCACUGCAUGAGAUUUAAAAAAAAUAUCUUAAUUUCGUUUUGUCUUUUUACAUUAAUGUUGUCAAAUUUUAGUCAAUUUUACCUUUACUUUUUAAAUUGUUCUUUUAAUUCAUGUGAGUGUGUACAUUAUUUUGGAUAAGGUCUAAAGAAUGUGGCAGUGUUUGCUUUCCAGAACAGCUGUCGCACUGUCUUCUGAUCUUCAAAGCUUUAUUUAAGCACAAUACCAAAUACCGAAUUUGGAUUAAAGUGCAUCACAGGAAUACCGAAUUUGGAUUAAAGUGCAUAACAGGGUGCCCUUUAACUCCAGAGUGCUUUAGCAUUAACCUCUUUACUUGGCACUCACUUGAUUUAACAGCAUUCAGAAUAAAAGCGUAUAUCUUUCGCCAUAAAAGCCCUUUAUUCGGUUACAUAGCUAUCCAGUGAGCUUUUUGCAUUGUUUUCCUGUGGUGAAGCAAAGGAUAUUUGGUGUUUCGAUUUCAAUUCUGACUGAUUCCUGACAUAACCUUUUUGUCUGAUUUGUAAGUGCAAUAUGCGGAACUGGAAGGACAACUUCUGGCCUGAUACGGAGAUCCAGUGGGAUGCAUGCCAUUUCUAACUGGUUUGUAAAAGGGUACAUUUGUACAGUGCAGGGUUUUGAAGAACACUUUUUUUGUAAUGCGACAUUUCAUCUGUAAAGGCGCUUUGAUUUUUUUCCGUGAA